AUGAAUAAAUUCUUACGUUGCGGGGCUGGUCGUAUAUUUGUACUGAAUAUUGGUGUGGUUGUGUGUGAUACAGGAAGUGCAUUUGCUUUGCUCAUGUAUGGAGCACCACUGAGUAACUUUCGGGGAGUGAUGAGGAAGAAGACAACGGGGGAGAUGUCAGGGUUGCCGUAUGCAAUAGGCCUCUUAAACUGUCUCGUUUACACCUGGUAUGGCUCUCCUCUCAUCAGCAAUGGAUGGGAUAACGCUCUUGUCAUGGCUACCAACGCCAUAGGCCUUCUUCUUCAGUUUUGCUUCUGCGGCAUCUAUCUCCUCUUUGCUCCAUCUAAACCCAAGAGAAUAAUGGGUAUGAUACUAGGAGGAGUGUUGGUGGUGUUUGCGAGCAUUGCAUCAGCUUCCAUGUGGGGAAUAGGAGCAGCCCAUAAGAAAGUGCUCGUGGGAACUACUGGAAUGGUUGCCUCUGUCAUUCUCUAUGGUUCUCCACUCUCAGAUAUUAGAACUGUAGUUAAGAGCAAGAGUGUAGAGUGCAUGUCCUUCUACUUCUCAAUGUUUGCUUUCCUGGGCAGCGUGCUGUGGUUGGUGUAUGGUGCUUUGAGCAGAGAUAUUCUUAUCAUGGCUCCUAAUUUCCUUGGGAUACCACUGGCUUCGACCCAGAUGAUAAUAUACUGCGUUUAUAGCCAAAAGAGCCGAGCACGAGUUGAAGAUGUAAAAUCGAAAGCAUUGACUACUCUCUCAGAAGAAAUACCUAAAGGAAAGUGCACCAAACUUUCUCUCCCUCAAACUGACAUAGAAAUGCAGAUGGAGCAGAAGCAAACUAUGAACUAA